AUGUGCAGCGUUGGGAAACUAACUAGCAGCAGCACCCGCGCUCCCAAGACCUUUGAACCGUCUCGUUUCACGGACGUCCGGAGGCGCACGUCCAUGUCCGGCGGUCUCUCCACGGGCGUCCGGGCGCGCCACGAACCGCCUCAGUCUACCGGUUCCAAGUACGAUGCCAUUCCCGGCCCCCUGGGUUUGGCCUCUGCUUCCCUCGAGGGCAAGGUCGCUCUCGUGACCGGUGCCGGCCGUGGUAUUGGUCGUGAGAUGGCCCUUGAGCUCGGACGUCGCGGUGCCAAGGUCAUCGUCAACUACGCCAACAGCGCCGAGACCGCCGAGGAGGUCGUCCAGGCCAUCAAGAAGUCCGGCUCCGACGCCGCUUCCAUCAAGGCCAACGUUUCCGACGUUGACCAGAUCGUCUCCAUGUUCGCCGAGGCCAAGAAGAUCUUCGGCAAGCUCCACAUUGUCUGCUCCAACUCUGGUGUCGUCUCCUUCGGCCACGUCAAGGAUGUCACCCCCGAGGAGUUCGACCGCGUCUUCUCCAUCAACACCCGUGGCCAGUUCUUCGUUGCCCGCGAGGCCUACAAGAACCUCGAGGUCGGCGGCCGUGUCAUCCUCAUGGGUUCCAUCACUGGCCAGGCCAAGGGUGUCCCCAAGCACGCCGUCUACUCUGGCUCCAAGGGAACCAUUGAGACCUUCGUCCGCUGCAUGGCUAUCGACUUCGGUGACAAGAAGAUCACCGUCAACGCUGUUGCCCCCGGUGGUAUCAAGACCGACAUGUACCGUGAUGUCUGCCGCGAGUACAUCCCCGGUGGCACUGAGCUCGACGACGAAGGUGUCGAUGAGUACGCCGCCGGCUGGUCUCCCAUGCACCGUGUCGGUCUCCCGAUCGAUAUUGCCCGUGUCGUCUGCUUCCUGGCUUCCCAGGACGGCGAGUGGAUCAACGGAAAGGUCCUCGGCAUCGACGGUGCCGCCUGCAUGUAA